CUAUUUUUAAUGGUUUAUAUAUUUCACUGGAUAUGUUGGUGGGAUUUUCAAAUGGCAUUUUCCUCCUGUUCUCCUGCGUGUUGCUGGAACCCGUGUUUGCAGUGGCCACACAGAUGUGCGACAUGAUGAAUCAAAUCGAUAAGGAGAGGAUCAUAUGCGAGGCUCUGAUUAAAAACAGAACAACAGGUUGCAGUGGGAUUUGGGACAAAAUCACCUGCUGGCCCAGUGCUGAUGUGGGACAGGUGGUAACCAUCCCUUGCCCCAAAUUUCUCUUCUUUCGCUCCGAGGAUGAUCCUGAACGUAACCUGUCAAAGACCUGCACCGAGGAUGGUUGGACCUCAGUCAGCAUGGACUCCUACAUAGCAGACUGUGGAUAUAAUCCCAACACCACCAUGGAUAGCCAUGAAGAGGUAUUCUUCCACGCCAUCAAAGUGGGAUACACCAUCGGUCACAGCGUGUCGCUCAUCUCUCUGACAGUCGCUAUCGUCAUAUUGUGUCUCUUCCGGAAGCUGCAGUGCACAAGAAACUACAUCCACAUGCAUCUGUUUGUGUCUUUCAUACUGAAAGCUGUGACUGUUUUCAUCAAGGACGUGGUUCUGUACGAAGUCGUGCAGCGUCCGCAUCACUGCGGCCGCAGCACUGCGGCCGUGGGCUGCAAGGCAGUGAUGGUUUUGUUCCACUACGGGGUCAUGGCCAGUUACUUCUGGCUGCUUGUGGAGGGCCUCUAUCUUCAUGCUUUGUUAGCUGUGUCCUUCUUCUCUGAGAGAAAGUACUUCUGGUGGUACAUCCUCAUUGGGUGGGGGGUUCCGACCAUCUUUAUCUCAGCGUGGGCGAUAACGAAGGCUUUUUCUAAUGACACUGGAUGCUGGGAGACAAUUGAUGACGGCCCUUGGUGGAUCAUCAAAACCCCCAUUUUAAUCACCAUACUUGUGAACUUUUUCCUCUUCAUUUGUAUCAUCCGGAUUUUGCGGCAGAAGAUGAAUUGCCCAGACAUUGGAAGAAAGGAGUCCAAUCAAUACUCGAGACUGGCUAAAUCAACUCUGUUGUUGAUUCCUCUCUUUGGCAUAAACUACAUUAUUUUUGCUUUCAUCCCCGAUGACAUUCACCCACAAGUGAGGAUGGUGUUCGAUCUUAUUCUCGGGUCAUUUCAGGGUUUUGUGGUUGCUGUCUUGUACUGCUUUCUAAAUGGAGAGGUGCAGUCGGAGAUUAAGCGUAAGUGGCGCAGGUGGAUGCUGCAGAGGUUUCUGGGUGCUGAUACUAAGUACCAGCAGCCCUCCAUGGGCAGCAACGGCAACAACUUCAGCACCCAGAUCACCAUGAUGACCAAAUGCAGCCCCACAACACGCCGGACAUCUGCGUGUCAGGAGCGCCUCUCGUCCAUCUGAUAUCCAGUUAAAGUUACUGUCGCUCUUUGAUUUAAAUCCUUAGGCACUGAAUGUGUGGCUCGCAUACGCUGUUGCCACAGGAUCGAUAUUGGUUACUGAGUAUUUUUAGCGAUUGCCUGUCAAAAAUUGAGUGAGACUGAAUUUUUCUUGCCAGAAUUGAA